CUUUCUUUCCCGUCUCUUCAAUUUGUUGGAGAGGGUAGGAAACAGAGAGAACUUCCCCCACGUGAUCAACGAUGCGAGGCUCCGCCGUGGCCCCGAGAAUGACCAGAAUUCUUGCGACCAGUUGCCGCCGGGAGGAGGAACAGCCUAGCGUCGGCGACGUAGAGUUCGACUUCCUCGAUGACGGAGAGAUUUUGGCUAAAAGUAGCAGCAGCGACGAAUGCUGCUCGAACGAAAUCGAGUUGCUGGACGACGACGAUGUUGAAGAGAGAGAAAAUGAUGCUUCCACUGAAGAGAAAAGUAGCUUCUGGGACAAUCAACAGCAACUUUUGCAGAGUGUAAUAUGCAGAACAAGUUCAAUAGAGACGGGGGUGAGGAACGCAACGAAAGAAGCGCUGAAGGAGAUACAGAACGCCGAAACAGCGUGUAGUUGUGGCUCACAAGUGGCCCUCAUCGGCUGCCGACGAUGCUUGAUGAGAGACGUUUCUAGGCGCCUCCAGAGUCUGGGCUAUAACUCUGCCCUCUGUAAAACUAAAUGGAGAACCUCCAAGGAUAUUCCAGCAGGAGAACACAGUUUUGUAGAUGUGAUAGACAGCACAAGCUCAAAGAAAGGAGAGGUGAGGGUGAUCAUAGAGCUGAACUUCCGGGCGGAGUUCGAGAUGGCAAGAGGAAGCGAGGACUACAACCGCCUGGUGCGGCGGUUGCCUGAGGUGUUUGUGGGGAAAACAGAAAGACUAAGCAACGUGAUAAAGAUAAUGUGCAUGGCGGCGAAGAAGUGCAUGGAGCAGAAGAAAAUGCACCUGGGACCAUGGAGGAAACAAAGGUACAUGCAAGCAAAGUGGCUGGGUGCAUGUGAAAGGAACACUAGUAACUGGACAGGUUCGUUUAACAUGUGGGAUCAUAAUUCUUCGGCUGAUCAGAGGAUGACCAUGAAGACGAAACCGAAAGCGUCUAUGUUAACAGUGGAUUUGCUUGACAAGCUUCCAAAUAUGCAUUGCAAGGUUGUUGAGGUUGUGUGAGGCGUGUGUAAUUGUUGAUGAUAGAAGUGAUCGAGUUUGGGGUUUGUACGUAAAAUUUUCUUUUUACCCUUGGUUGAUCUAAGAGUGGCAGUUUAUAGAGUGGGAA